ACAGGGUGUAUAACAUAUUAUCUAAUUACACUUCAAUAUAUAUUUCAAUGAAACAUGACCCACAAAUGGCAACUGGUACUAGGGAUUUUUCCAGUUUUACUUUUUUUCCCUCUGGCAGCUAAGAAAGAUAGCCAUCCCUCCUUGUCACUGGUGACAAUGGUGCCGCUCCUUGAGCUUGAGAAGAAACUCAUUGAUAAUCUUGAUGACUAUGUCAAAGCCUUGGAUCAUAAGCUGCAGCUUCUACGCAGUCACAUCCUGGACAUUCGUGCGGAAAACGAAAAGGCUGAACUAGACCCUAUACAGUAUCUAUCCAAUCCUUUAAAUAGCUUUUCCCUCAUCCGAAGACUGCAUCAGGAUUGGGUUGGUUGGAGAAAGUUCAUGGAGCAAUCAGUUGGCAUUGUCCAGAUGCGAAAAAUGAACUCUUGGCAAAGGGAACUACCCACAAAAGAGGAUCUCUCCGAAGCAUGUGAUGGAAUUAUUCGCAUACAGAUCACCUACAAUCUUAGAGUCGAUGACAUUAUCAGGGGUAAACUCAAGGGAAGGCAGUACAAUGUGAGCAUGAGUCCGUCGGAUAUCUUUGCGGUGGGAAAUCACCUUCGUCACACAUCUAUUUUCCUUGCGGCCUUUCUGUGGCUCAGGGAAAUACGUCCGCCAUCACAGGAGAAUAGUGUAUCACAACCGGAUCACAUUAUUAGUACGGAGAAGAAAGUGAUAAAGGUGCUUACUGACAUGCACGUGAAGGAAGGUUAUUUUUCCAUGGCUCUGCGCUUUAUAAAUUAUUGGCUGCAGCUUUUCCCCUACAAUGCUUAUCCUGAGCGUGCUAGACGGGCUCUGAAGAAGCUUAUGAAGACUAAAUCAGAAACACCUUAUGGAAGACCCUUGGACCUGGCGAGGGAUCUCGAUACAAAGCAGCUCAGGUGGUCUUGCAGCAAAAUCCUAAAGAGUCGACCCUCUAGCCAUCUCCAGUGUUCCUACAAUUCGAGCACCACGCCAUUUCUUCGCUUGGCUCCGCUUAAAAUGGAACAAAUUGGAUUGGAUCCAUAUGUGGUGCUCUACCACGAUGUAUUGUCUCCCGGGGAGAUAUCUCAGCUACAGAAAAUGGAAUUUGGUCCGUUAAAGACUGCCGUAGUGGGUGGUACAGACAAUAGGAUGCGUCGACUACGAAGCGGUAAGACCUUCUCGAUAAGCUGUGAAUUCAAUAGAUUGACUAAAAGGAUCAAGCGGCGAAUUGAGGACAUCAGUGGACUGGAUUUGUCGGGCUCGGAGAAUUUGCAAGUGUUGAACUAUGGAAUCGGUGGACACUUUGACAUGCAUACCGAUUUCCGUAAUAUUUCUUCUAGUUCUGGAGUACGUCAACCGCCAGACCGUAUUGCCACAGUUUUGUUUUAUCUUUCUGAUGUGGAGCAGGGCGGGGAAACAGUUUUCCCCCACGCCGGAUACUCCGUUAAGCCAAGAGCUGGAACUGCCCUCUUUUGGUAUAAUCUGCACACGGAUGGCAUCGGGGAUCUCUCCACAAUUCAUGCCGCCUGUCCGGUGAUUCUGGGAUCCAAAUGGAUAAUGACACAGUGGAUAUCCGAGGAACCGCAGUGGUUUAAAAGGCCCUGCCUAAGACCAUCGCCAAGUCAAUUAUCGAAACAAAGGAAAAGGAAUUGAUAUUCAUUAGUAAAUAUGUAAAUUAAUACAAAUUAAGAGUGUCACGAAAUACAGAAUAAGA